AUGGGCAGCACCUAUCGUCGUCGUUCAGAAGAAAAAUGGAUCGAUCCGCUUCUGCGCAGACUACUGAGCCAGACUGAACGAUGCACUGGAACAAAACCAGCAUCCUCUUGCAACCCCAGUGGACACCUUCACGAAACCCAAUGGAGGACGCUACUUUUCACAGCUCGACUUAGCCGAAGCAUAUCUCCAAUUGUGGACGACGCCCCAAAGCAGCUACUCACUAUCAAGAUGCACCGUGGACUGUAUCCCUUCAACCGACUACCAUUUGGAGUGAAACCAGCUCCUGGUAUAUUCCAACAAUAUAUGGAUGCUCUUAUCGCUGGAUUAGAUGGAACUGCCGCCUAUCUCAACGACAUACUGGUUACUUUUAGAACCAUCGGCGAACACAAUGCCCGACUAGAGACCGUAUUCAAGCGAAUUCAAGAUUACGGACUCGACAGAUGUGCUUUUCUGCAGACGGAGAUCACCUACCCUGGGCUCCUCACCAACGCACAAGGACGACGCCCAGGUCUAGAAAAGAUCAAAGCUAUCCAGAAGUUACAUGCUCCGAAGGACGUCAGUCAACUUCGCUCUUUUCUGGAACUCAUCAAUUUCUAUGGAAACUUCGUCAAGGAUCUUCACAAUCUAGGCGCUCCUUUGGACACUCUUACGAAAAAGGAUGUUGUCUACACAUGGACACCGGAGUGCCAGUCUUCUCUCGACAAGAUUAAGGCAAUCCUAAGCUCGGAUCUCCUGUUGACCCACUUUGACCCAAGUCUCCCGAUCAUCGUUGCCACUGAUACUUCAAAUUACGGAAUGGAAGCAACCCUCUCACAUCGCUUCGCAGAUGGAUGCGAGAAGGUGCCUGACACAACCACAGGAGAACUACAACCAGAUUGA